GAGUUGAGGUUAGAUCCAGCUGUUGCACUUGCGCGCAUCGUUACCUUUAAGAUGCUCGAGGAUAAAGCCUUGAUUUAGCUAAACCCGACACCAUUUUAGUUUAAGAGUUUGGCGAGCGACGUCCGGAUGACCGCUCGUGUGUUUCUACGGGAGCUGCGGGCGGACUUUCUCUCGACGGCGACGCGCGGGGGAUCAACGGCCGAGCUGGUUGUAUAAAUGUCGGAUUUCAUUAUUUGUCGGCCUACCGAGAGAGUGGCGGCGGCGGCGGGGGCGAGAGGGACGGCACGAGACGAGACGGGGUCCGCGAGGAGGGUGCAUACACAAAAUACUUUCCCUUUAAAGCAGAGAGGGACAGAGGGGGUGAAAGAGGGGAAAAAAAAGAAAAGGAAGAAAGACAGAGAGGGAGGGAGGGCGAGAGGGAGCGAGGGAGAGAGAGAUUUGAAAAAAAGAGAAAGAUGUCAUCCUGUCGAUUGAAACACCGAGGCGGAGCCACGGACCGCGGCCGACCGGGAGCGCUCUAGUUAGGGGACGAGCUCUACGCAACGCCGAGGCUUGGAGCGCCGACGCUGCGGCCUUUUUUCGGAGCUAUCGCAAAAUAAAUGAACUCCUGCUGACUAUGAUUAGCACGUCUCGGCUACAUCGUCUUCUGCAUAACAAUAGCUCUAAUUUGCAUGCAUAUUUUAUUACAGUAGACAUAAGCAAAUGAUAUUAAAAAUGCACCAUUAAAAAAAGCAAAGCAUGAUACCAACCAUUUUGUCGCAUUUACAAAAACCAUCUUGUCCGUGCCUGUAAAAGCUCCAACAGAUAUUAAUUCAUAACUCACAGCAGCCUAAUCCCUUAUAAGUGGUUUUAUUUAAAGCUAAAUAACAUUACAUAUCUGCAUUAAUUAACCCGGGCAGGUAGAGGAGCGGUACGGGCCUCAGGUUGUGUUUUCAUAGCAGCAGUUGGAGCUUUUCUUCCUGGGCUCCGGUGCCCUCCCUCCUCCCCUCGGCUGCUCCCCUCGGCUGCUCCCCGGCUGGUGAGCUCCGAGUCCCCGCAGUGUUCACGAUGGACACCUCCUGGAGUAAUUUCCUCUUUCAGACGCCGUCGACUCAGAGUCAACCUGAGACGCCUCUUCAGUCCGAGCUGCUGCCGGAGCUGACCGGCUCCGCUCAGAGUCCUCCAGCGGAGCACAUCGUGACGCCGCCGUCCACCGUCGACACCGCCGCCCUCAGCGAGGAGCCGCUACCGGUCAAACCGCUCACCAAACCGAGCCGGCCGGCCCACAUCUGCGCCACCUGCAACAAGGAGUUCAAGAACAGCUACAACCUGCGGCGGCACCAGUCGGUGCACACGGGCAUCAAGAUGAAGGACCGCGCCGCCCGCGAGAAGGAGGAGGCGGGGAAGGUGGGACGGCUGGAUAAACAGACGGUCCCUCUCUCCCUCCUCCACCUCACCCUGCCCCCCAGCCUCCCCCCGGCCCCUCCCCCCACCACCGCCCCGGAGACCCUCCCCCCACCGCAGCCCGGUCAGCACGCCAACCAGGAGAGCCAGCCGGUCUCUGUGUCCAUCGCCCCGGCAACUGUAACCAUGGCUGCGCAGCCUCAACCCAUCCAGGCAGCUGUUGUUGUCGUGGGCUCCAUGGAGCAGAAUCCGAACCCCAUCCCCAACCCCAACACCAACCAGGUGAGGAAGAACCACGCCUGCGAGGCCUGUGGGAAGGCCUUCAGAGACGUCUACCACCUCAACCGCCACCGCCUGUCCCACUCGGACGAGAAGCCCUACUCCUGCCCCAUCUGCCAGCAGCGCUUCAAGAGGAAAGACCGGAUGAGCUACCACGUGCGCUCGCACCAAGGCGGCGUGGAGAAACCUUACAUCUGUCCGCACUGCGCCAAGGCCUUCUCUCGACCAGAUCACCUCAACAGCCACGUUCGACAGGUGCACUCUACAGAGAGACCGUUCAAGUGCACGACGUGCACGUCAGCGUUUGCCACGCGGGAUCGUCUGCGUGCCCACCUGAUCCGCCACGAGGAGAAAGUGCCGUGUCACAUCUGCGGGAAGCUGCUGUCGGCCGCUUACAUCACCGACCACAUGAGGGUCCACAACCAGUCGCAGCACCACGCCUGUCACCUCUGCAACCGCAGUUUCACCACGCUCACCUACCUGCGAGUCCACGCUCAGAAGCACCACGGCCAGGAGUGGAAGGAGAGCGGCGGGGCGCGGGGGGGCUUCGGUGGGACGGGUGCCGGCGGGGUGCUGCUCUGCCAGCUGUGCGGGGUGCAGUGCAAGACGGCCACGCAGCUCCAGGGUCACAUGGGCACCCACGCCAACCAGAGCGACCCCAGCCCCGACCCGACGAGCGCGGGCCCCGUGGGCACCACCAGCGUGGCUGUCACUGUGUCCAGCGCCAGCACAGUGGGACUGCUGAUGUUUUCUUAACAGACUGCCAAACGUGGACACAGACCGGGAGAAGCCGCCCUGGAAGUCGUCUUUCCGGCCUUUUUUUCGGACCUUCGUCUCCGCUCCGCUCACCUGCCACGAACGCCGAGAGACACUUUUACCGCACACGUUACUUCCU